AAUAUAAUUCCCAAAUCGAUACCCUGUCAAGGGCAAAGCAGUAGUUUUCCACUGCAUCGUCAGGUAUAGAAACGUGGGAACGCAGCUGCGGCUCUUACAGAUUCAGAACAGAGAAGUGCCAGUGGCAGUGCUAGCCAUCGUUGGGCUGGCGGCAGCAGGUGAAGCGAUCCAGGAUGGCAUUAACCCAGCCUAGUACCGAGACUCCCAUUAUCAGACCAGCUAUGCCACCAAAGGAAACUGGAAUGGAGUCAUGGAGUGGGUGAAAUCCCAUACCAUCGAAGCUGAGUAUGUGUGAGACUCACCCAUCAGAUCGAUUAGGGUGAAACGCAGCAUGGAGCGAUACGAGAAGAGGGUCUCCUCCUGAAAGUACACGUCUAUCUCGACCACCGAGUCGACGUUCUCCGCGCUGCUCAAUCGUUCGGUGUACGUGGAGGUGUGGUACUGUGUGUGAUCGCAUUGGGGGAAGCAGCCGCAGUCGACGGUCGUGAAGAUGUUCUCCCUGGACUCCUCGAUGAUGUUGCUCAUGGAGAACAGCGAAACUGUCGAUUGCAUUACCGAGCUGCGGAUCAGGCUGCCACUCAACUUCUCCCAUUUCGCUCAAUCAAAGGACUGACUGGUUGGGAAAAGUCACGGUUAAUUGGGAGGCGAGCCCGCUAAUCAAUGAGUGCGACGACACGCACUUCUGGCUUAUCAUUUGACGAAAACAUAACUACUCAAUUACAACCGAUGUGAGCCGUAAUGGAUACCUGUCCGAUAAAAGUUUCACACAGCCAUUUCCAUUCCAUUCCAGCCAGUCCAUAAAAGGGUUUCCCGGCAGCCGGAGCAGAGCUCAGUAGUGAUUCAGUGACUAACGUUGCGGCAUGGCAAAGUGUGACAAAUCGGAUGAGCCACACAAGGCAGAGACUAAGUGCUUUAUGGAGUUGUUGCGCGACUACUUUCGGAGCUACUGCGAAAAGUCAACCAUCCAUUGUGUCCGCUAUCUCUACGAUCCGCAGCUGCACAACCUGGAGAGACUUAUCUGGUGUUUGCUGCUCUCCGUUAGCAUUGCCCUGUCCUGGUUCUUCUAUUUGAUGCUGUCGGAGCGCUUUGUGUCGCAGAAGCUGCAAACUGUCGUCCAGGACCCGCAGUAUCCCGUCUAUAUGGUGGAUUUUCCAGCCGUUGGCAUUUGCACUGACAAUCGCAUCAAUUGGAGCCUGCUGGAGGCAGCCAAGACUGAGUUCCUGCCUGCCAAUGCCAGCUUGGAGCUGGUGGAGUACUUCAUCUCUUUGGUUGCUCGACUGGAGACGCUGCGCUUUGGCAGCUAUUUGGUGGGCUUGUCUGAGCUGGAGGACGACAACCUCGAGGCAGUGGACUUCAUCAACGUCACAGCCUUGGCCAGUUUCCUGACACUGAGCUGCCAGGAUAUUAUGGUGCCCAACUCGUGCCUGUGGCGCAGCUCAUCCUUCGACUGCUGCGAGUACUUUGUGAUGGAGAAAACCGAAUUUGGGUUCUGUUUGGUCUUCAACUCGGAAUUGUCGCCGCGCUCAAAGGAAAUCAAGCAACGCGAAGGCUCCAAAUUCUAUCCGCGGCACAAUGCCAAGGCAGGUCAGAGCACGGGCCUCAAUUUCGAUUUGCUGAUAAAUGAGAGCUUCAAGCGACCGAAUUCCUUGGCUACCGAUAAAGUCUAUAUCAUGGUUAAAAAGCCAGACCAAAUGAGCAACGUUGUCUAUUCGAUGACACAGAACACCGAGACCUAUGUGACGGUUCGUCCCGAUCUGACCUGGACCGAUGAGUCCACCCGAAGCAUUCCCCCCGGGCGUCGCAAUUGUCUCUUUAUAGAUGAGCAGCUGGAAUUGGAUCCUAAGGACUCUGCCAAGAGGUUUGGCAAGCCCUUCCAGCUGACCAACUGUCUGAAUCGGUGCCAUGAGUCCUACCUGAUAGAGCUCUGCAACUGCUCCCUGCCGAUUUUCUUUCUACACAAUAAAAUAGUCAAGGAAUGCACUCCGACCAGCCUGCGGUGCAUCGCGAGGCAUAAUGAUAUUUUCAGCUACGAUAAGCGUCGGGAGGAGGAUGCGCUAUUUAGUGCCACCAAGCCAGGCAUGACAUGCUCCUGUUUGGUGAACUGCUAUCUCCUCGAUUACUACACAUCCACAACGACGUUGCCCCUCUCUGUCAAGAGGAUCCCCAAGGAUCCGCAGCUGAAACUCUUCAAGGUGGAUGUGCACUACCAAGUGGAGACGACGCCGCUGUACCGCACGAGUCUGGAAUUUACCACAAUCGAUUUGAUAGCUAAUUUGGGCGGCAUAUUUGGCCUUUGCUUGGGUGCAUCUAUGGUCAGUGGCUUUGAAUUGAUUUACUAUCUGACCAUCGGCUUUGGCAUGCAUCUCUAUGACAACUCCUACUUUGGGGUACUCCGUCAGAAAGUUAAGAUGAACUGGCACACCUUUAAGCGCUAUUUGCAGAACGAAGUCAGUCAUCUGGCUGACCACCAGGUGCACCCAACCCAAGCAAAGGAGGAGGCCAAAGGAAAGAUAAGGCAUCCGCUGCAGCACGAGAGGAAUGCGUGGUGAAAGUUAUUUAUUGAAUCAUUUAAUUAAUACUCUUAAUAUUG